AUGUCUCGCUUUUCCACGUCUUUUGUUGUUUGCAUGAUUGUAAUUUGUUGGGCUGCUCGUGCUACCGCUUCUACCGAUAUCACGUGGCGCAAUCAAUUUCGAAGCAAGAUCAACGUCUUGCCAGAACCAAGUCGUCACUGCUACGUGUGUUUCUAUGAAAAGAAAAACUUUGCUGGACAAAGCUUUUGCAUGGGCAAACGUCCACGUGGCUGCAAAGCGGCAAAUCCAAUCGUGACGCCGGGUACGAUUGGGAGUAUCAAGUUUGGACAGGGCUGUGAUCUCGUAGUGAACGCACGGGUGUCGGACGUGCCCUUUAGCGAGCACAUGGCAGUUUUCUCAACGGACAUUCGCAACACAGGAUUUGAUGUGUCCUCUUCUCACUCUGUCUCACAAGUUUAUGUCGAAGAAGCUGGACAUGCGUGUUUUCUUGGAAUCCCCACGUCUAUACGUGGUUUUGGUGUCUGUUAUAACGACAGUGUGCCAGUUGUGCAGGACGAGUAUCAAAACACAAUCACUGAGCUACUGCUUUUUAAAACCGACAUGAUAAACUUUGACGUGAUUGUCUACGAGAGCGAGUAUUACAACAAUCCUGGCAUGGUUGUCAUGCAGAGUGAUGUCGAGACUACUCCACUGAAAUCUCGUUUUUCGGGCUACAGCAAGUUGUUGGAGACGAACGUGAUCGACCGCAAGUCUGGAAUGAAAAAGAAUUUGCAGGACAAAGUCCGCUCGAUCAAGUUUGUUGCUCCAGUAGUCAACUCCGAUGCCACCCCCGGCGUUGUUAUUCCUGCCUCGUAUGGAGUGUAG